UUUAAUUUCAACUUGAUAGUUAAGAGAGCAGCACCAGCAGGAGUUUAAUGGGACCACGCUGUCUUUGAUUUUCAACCUUUUCUUUUCAUCAUGGCAACAAAAAUGCAGAAGCCCAAGAUAGUAAUCCCAUCGGUUCAAGUUUUUGGUCGCAAGAAAACUGCAACGGCCGUAGCCUACUGCAAACGUGGUAAAGGUCUUAUCCGCGUUAAUGGCAGACCGUUGGAGAAUGUUGAGCCAGCUGCACUUCAAUAUAAAUUGCAAGAACCAAUCCUCAUUCUUGGCAAGGAAAAGUUCGCAGGCGUUGACAUGCGUGUACGUGUAAACGGUGGUGGUCACAUUGCACAGAUUUAUGCCAUCAGACAAGCUAUCGCUAAAGCACUUGUUGCUUACUACCAAAAAUAUGUCGACGAAGCAAGUAAAAAGGAGAUAAAGGAGAUGCUUAUCCAGUACGACCGUACAUUACUUGUUGCUGACCCCAGACGCUGCGAGCCCAAGAAAUUCGGUGGUCCAGGUGCCAGAGCACGUUACCAAAAGUCUUACCGUUAAGCUUUAUUAUUAUACAAUAUACUUAUAUGUAAAAAUAAAAUAACGGAGAGAUAAACUA